GGAAAGCCCCCAUCUUUAAGCGCGUUUGGCUGGCCCGCCGGCGCUCGGAAGUACAGGCGUUUCUGUCGUUGUUCUUGGAGCUGUGGUGACUGUGGGAUCAGAAUCUUUGAGUGUGAGAAACUUUACAGAUAGCCACAAUGGCUGAAAAUGGAGACAAUGAAAAAAUGGCUGCUCUGGAGGCCAAAAUCUGUCAUCAAAUUGAGUAUUAUUUUGGAGACUUCAAUCUGCCACGAGACAAAUUUUUAAAAGAACAGAUCAAACUGGACGAAGGCUGGGUACCUUUGGAAACAAUGAUAAAAUUCAACAGGCUAAACCGGCUGACAACAGACUUUAAUGUAAUUGUGCAAGCACUGGGCAAAUCUAAGGCAAAACUCAUGGAAGUGAGUGCAGACAAAACUAAAAUUAGAAGAUCACCAAGCAGACCACUCCCUGAAGUGACGGAUGAGUACAAGAAUGAUGUAAAAAACAGAUCUGUUUAUAUUAAAGGCUUCCCAACUGAUGCCACCCUUGAUGAUAUAAAAGAAUGGCUAGAUGAUAAAGGCCAAAUACUGAAUAUUCAGAUGAGAAGAACAUUGCACAAAACAUUUAAGGGGUCAAUAUUUGCUGUGUUUGAUAGUAUUCAGUCUGCAAAGAAGUUUGUGGAGACCCCUGGCCAGAAGUACAAAGACACUAACCUGCUAAUACUCUUUAAGGAAGAUUACUUUGCAAAAAAAAAUGAAGAACGAAAGCAGAGCAAAGUGGAAGCUAAAUUAAAAGCUAAACAAGAACAUGAAGGAAGACACAAGCCAGGAAGUACUGAAACAAGAGCUCUAGAAGGAAAGAUGGGAUGCUUACUGAAGUUUUCAGGUGACUUGGAUGACCAGACCUGUAGAGAAGAUUUACACUUCCUUUUCUCAAAUCAUGGUGAAAUAAAAUGGAUUGAUUUUGUCAGAGGAGCAAAAGAGGGAAUAAUUCUCUUCAAAGAAAAGGCUAAGGAAGCACUUGAGAAAGCCAGAAAUGCAAAUAAUGGUAACCUACUGUUAAGGAACAAAAAGGUGACUUGGAAAGUACUAGAAGGACAUGCGGAAAAAGAAGCAAUGAAAAAAAUCACAGAUGAUCAGCAAGAAUCCCUAAACAAAUGGAAGUCAAAAGGAGGUCAUGCAGCCGGCAGAUUUAAAGGAAGUCAUGUUUUUACAGCAGCCCGCAGAUUUAAAGGAAAGGGAAAUAGACCUGGCUAUGCUGGGGCACCCAAAGGAAGAGGACAGUUUCAGGGAAGGAGGACAAGAUUUGAUGAUGAUCAUCGUCGUGGACCAAUGAAAAGAGGAAGAGAUGGAAGAGACAGAGAAGAACCGGCAUCAAAGCAUAAGAAAAGAGAGAAUGGUGCUAGAGACAAGUAGUUUAUUUAGUAAGCAGUGUUUUUAUUCCUUAGUUAGAUUUUAAGCUGCUUUUUGUCUUCAGAAGCUUUUAAAAAGAAAAGCGAAUUAGGUCCACUUCAAUGUCCACCUGUAUAAAAGAAAAAUUUUUUUGUUUUACUUGUCUUCUUUUUGUUGUUACCCAAAUGAAAGUUUUUUUUUUUUUAAAUGUAUAGUUCUGUUUGUGUUUGGAUGAUUAAAAUAUGAGAAGGAAGAUUCUUCCUCUUAAUUGCCUUUGUAAUAUGAGAAUGUAUUAGUACAGACUUGUAAAAUAUAUACUGUAUAAAAAUAGCCAAUAGUUCUUUCUUCCUUUUGUUUCUCUUAAAACUUUUCACAAAAAAUUUCAACUAAAAUUUUGACUCCUGUGAGAAUAAGCCUUUUUCACAGUUAAUUUGUCUAAUCUCUCAGGCUGGCUUUCUGUUUAACCAUAUAUCUUGAUAAGAGUGGAAAUGACCAUUGCAGAGCUUUUGAAUACUGAAUUUUGAAUACACAAUUGGGAAACUUACAGAUUUCUUUUUAUGAAAGUUGUAUAAUGCUGGUAGGUCAUAUCGAAGCUCUGUAAAACAAGCCAAACAUUCACAUUAAGAUAUUAAAUGCUGGUAUGCAUAACAUUUUAUAUUCCUCACUUUGGACAUAUCCUCAAAUACUGAUUUGUCUAAUUGGACAUGGUGUUUCUGAUGUUUUGAUCAUUUGAUCACCAAAAUUUGAAGUUAUGGAGAAUAGUUAGAAGGAUUAACAAGUAGGGAAAAAAAUAAGCUAUAUGAAAAUAUAUGUAUCUAUAGCUGAUUAUAAUACAUCCAUGUUUAUUUCAAAAUUUAAUGGUAGUUCUCCACUAUCAAAAUGAAAGCCCUUUUUUUCCCACAUUCCUUCCAAAUUUAUAACAAAUUCUCUAUACUUCUUACUGUCUUUCAUACCUUCCAACACAAUUCUAACCCUAUAGGGGAUAACUUUCUCAUUAUAAUGUGUGAUCAAGUUCUCUGGCAAUGUUGUUGAGCUGCAGACUAAUUCAGUGGGUCUGAAUGGAACCUAUUAUUCUCUUUACACUCCAGUUAAAGCUCAUGGUCUGACUACUUGUGGAAUGCCAAAUGUAAAAAAAUAAAAUGGCAGUGUGGGGCCUUGAAUCCCAGGAUUCGGGAAGCAAAGGCAGGCAAGAUCUUGAGUUCAAGGCUUGGUACAUAGUGAAUUCAAGGAUAACCAGAGCUACACAGGGAGACCAUACCUCAAAACAAACAAAAAAUGCCAUUCACUGCACAUUUUUUUCCGUAUCUCUCAUAGUGGAGACUGAUCCCAAGGUGUUAUGCAUACUAAGCAUACUACCAUAGCUCCAGUCUUUAUUGUACUGUUUAUUUCAAGCUUCUCAGAAUUACCGGGUGAUCUCUACCUUCUAAUAUUUUUCCAGUUGUGAUGCUGGCAAAUUUAGUAAAAAGAAAAAAAAGGCAUUUCUGUAA